CUAAACUGCAUGGUUCACAUCACAGUUCCAAAAAGCUCAACAUGAUGUAUUUCCAAAUGUUUGUGUUUAGUACCUGUCUGUUGUUGAUUUCAAUGCUUGCCAAAGAAGUAGAAAGUGGAUCAUGCCCAAAACUUGAAAACAAGAUAUUUGACAACUUAGUGGAUAUGAUGGUUGCCAUUAAAUCUGGAUCUCAAAUAUCAGAAAACAAGAUAGUUGACAAGUUAGUGGAUAUGAUGGCUGCCAUUAAGUCUGGAUCUCAAAUAUCAGGGAAAAAAAAUGAAAAAGACAGACCUGCUUUCACAGCAACAUUGGCAAGAACAUUAACUCUUACGAAAGCUUACCCAAUUAAAUAUGACAGGGUAAUUUUGAACCAAGGAAGAGGAUAUAAUCCAAAGACAGGAAUAUUUACAGCAACAAAGUCAGGACUAUAUCUUAUUUCUGCAACAGUCAUGUCUAAUGGUGGUGGCUACUUAGACGCUUACAUCAGUAAAAAUGGAGCAAACCUCAUGAACCUGCAUGGUCCACAGAUCCAUGGAGGAACUGAAACUGCCACUCCUGUGCUAGACCUUGAGAAAGGAGAUAAAGUUUCAGUGAGAAGCAGUGGUUCAUAUAAAACCUAUGGUAACAACUAUUCCUAUUUCUCAGCAGUUUAUAUUGCUUAGUUAUUAACAUGAGAAAUGAAAUAAAUAAAAGUGAUAGUCCUUC